UCGAAUAAAGUGUCUAGUUUCAUUCCGACAAAAUUAAAACAGUGUACAGUAUUUUAUUAAAAAAAAUUUACAAUGGAAAAUAUGAGGCAACGGAUGCGCCAUUUGUUUCGCCGAAACAAAAGGCGCUUCCGUCCAACCACGGCACCAACAACUGAACAAAAAGAAGAGCACGCUGCAGAUGAAAAGCCAGAAGCUAAUGAUGCAUCUGCUAAGGAGGUGGUAGAAAUAGAAAUAAUACCUUUACCUCUGGCAGAAGAUGAAAUGCCCACCUACUUCCAUGUGGGCGCCUUGGCAAAGGAGUGCCUCAGCAACGGAUUCAAGAUCGGCGCCUGGCAGCUGCAAUGCACCACAAGGACGAACACAGAUUUCAAUAUAAGCACCUUUGGAGAGGGCUAUCCUACUAUGGAGUCAAUCUUUGGGGGCCUGGAGGUGUUCAAGGAUUUUGGCAACUAUAGUAUGUCUCUUAGUUGGCUUACUAACAAUGAUUUUCUAUCAGAAAUUGAAGGGCGUGGGAUAAGUUUUGGUAGUAAGCUUUAUGCCCAACUGAAGUCUGUAAUUGGCACGAAAGACGAAGUGACAUUUAAAACCAAGAUAAAAUGUGGUUUUGAACGUAAACCAGUAAAAAUGGAACUAGUGGUGCCGCUCUACAAGGAACCACUUUUCUUGGGCUAUGUCGUUGUUACUCCAAUGGAAAAUUGGAUACUGGGAUAUCGGACUAUUUACGACUUUGAUGCCAAGGGAUUCGAUAAGCAUGCUUUCUGCUUGGGCUAUUAUAAUGAUAGGACUGAAGUGGGCUUGAAACUAGAGAAUUUUGAGGACCUCAGAGGAUCGAUCUUCCAAAGAAUUGGCGAUGCCUGGGGCUUUGCUUUGAAAUCAAAUCUCUAUAGUUCCGCAAAUGUAAAACAGUUCGCGGUUGGUGUUCAGUACGACUUUAACAAUGGAACGUUGGUGAAGGUCAAGUUCCGGGAGGACACGAGAACUGGGUUCGUCUUUCAAUCGAAAAUAGGCGAAAAUGUCGAUGUCAUGUAUCAUUUGGCCUUUGAUGCAAAUUCUCCUGUUAAAGGGAACAAAAGGAUUGGAGUUUCCUGGUACUUUCACUCUUAAAAUAAAACAGUAGUAGUGUUUACUUUUGUACGACAA